AUGUCUCAAACUCCGUCCAAGAUUCUCAUCGUUGGCGCGGGUGUGUUCGGUCUUAGCACCGCAUGUACCAUUGUCCAACGCCCCAAAUACUCCCAGUCUAGCAUCACCGUCUUGGACGCAGCGCCGGAGAUCCCCAAUAGUGUCGCCGCAUCCGUGGACACGAGCCGUGUUCUGCGAGCCGACUACGCUUUUAAGCCGUACACUACACUCGUUUCAGAGUCGCAGAAAUUGUGGAAAGACCAGUCCGUCGAUGGCUGGGGUGGAGAGGGGCGAUACCACGACACAAGGCUAGUGUUGACAGCCCAGCCUGGCACCGAAGGCCACGUAGAUGGCUAUUUGGAAGAGAGUUUUGAAAACGUCAAGGAGCUGGCAAGGUCCGGGAACUACACAUUCGACGCCAAGAGUCUGAGGGAUUUGCCGGAUCGCGAGGCCAUCGCCCAAGAAACCCGGUCUGGCGGGGCCAGUGGGAACUUUGGCUACGUGAAUGAGAGAUGUGGCUGGGCAGAUGCUGAGAAGGGUGUGCGAUAUGCGCUCAGGAUUCUUCAACGCCGAGGUGGCGACCGAGUUAGCAUUAAGACCAACGUUGGGGUGCGCAGAUUACUCUAUGCGCGGCCUGAUGGGCCUGGACCUUCGAGAUGUACUGGUGUCGAAAUACACGAUGGUUCUCAGGUUUUGGCGGACCUGGUUAUCCUUGCGACUGGCGCAUGGACGCCGUCCCUCGUCGAUCUCGAAGGCAGAGCGGCGGCUACUGGCCAGGUACUCGCGUACAUGCCCGUCACUGAGGAAGAGCAAAGGAAACUAGGGUCUACCACGCCGCUUUAUUUCAACGUGAGCCGCGGAAUGUUCAUGGUGCCUCCGCAUAAUAAGGAAUUGAAGGUAGGCCGUCACGGCUUCGGAUAUCAAAAUCCCACAAAAGUGUCCAUCCCGGUGCCGACCCCAUCAGGGGAUCUUCAGUUCGUCGAAAAGAUAGUCAGCGUGCCGCGAACUGACCUGCCCAUCCCGUCCGAGGCAGAGAAGGCAUGUAAGGACUUUCUGGUCGAGCUGUUCCCGAAUUGGCGCAAUCGGCAGUUCUCAAAGACACGAGUAUGCUGGUAUUGCGACACACCAACCGGGGAUUUCAUCAUUGAUUACGACCCACGAGCUGCUGGGCUUUUUCUCGCUACAGGCGAUAGUGGGCAUGCUUUCAAGAUCUUCCCAAUUAUCGGAGAGAAGGUAGUAGAUGCCAUUGAGGGUAAUUUAGAGUCUGAGCUACGAGAGCUAUGGAAAUGGAAGAGCGACGCACCCUCAACUUUUCAGGGAACAAAUGAUGGCACAAGGGGAGGAAGAAGGGAUAUGAUUCUGGAUGUUGGGGCCCAUAAAAGCGCUUCCCAAGGCCGGAAAUCCCGUCUUUAA